AUGUUUGCAAAUUGGGACAAGAUCUUUGCCAAAGUCUUGGCCAUUGGAAUAUUUCUAUUGCUGCUUACAAUUCUAGCAUGGAGUACGUCUGGUGGAUAUCAAGAAAUCCCUCCUUCAUCGCCGGCCAACACGAGCACCACAAAGGAAGACUUAACGAAACCUUCAGGAAUAUACUGUCCACCAUGGAAGAUGCCUUCUGGAUUAUGGAUCAACACGACAGCAGAUCAAGAACCAUCGUCAUCCAUAAGCAAAACAAUCCUAAAAAUGCCAUACGAUAUCAUGAAAUGUCGGGAUCGUUUCGCUGCCGUGUAUCCAUUAUUAUAUUCUGGCAUAUGGGGCUUUGAGAAGCCGUUUCAUCUACAAUGGAUGUCACAUUCAGGGUGUAUUUUGCAUCCUGUUGAUGGUGCGUUGUGGCUUGAGACGUAUCGGAAUAAGGAGAUUUUGUUUUUUGGGGAUUCGUUGACUCAACAAGUAUACAUAUCCUUCGUAUGCACUCUAGAAGCAACACUAGCUUCAUCAGAUGCAAACUAUCAGCAGCCUAUUCGUAUGGCUGAUCCAGAUCCUCAUUAUGUCAUGACUGGAAUCUCUCAUGGAUGGUAUUUUCCUGCUCAUAAUAUUACAACCACCUUCUUCAGGAGCACAUCUUGGACGUCGAGAACUGAUGUUGCCAGUCCAUUGUGGGCGUAUGCUCGGAAGAGUUCGCUUUGGAUUGCUAGUGAUGGAGCUUGGUAUAACAAGCACAAAAAUCUCAACAAACCCGAAUUCUUCGACCUCGAAACUCUCCCAUCAGACCUAUACGCCUUCCGCCACGCCAUAUCUGAUUUCAAAUACAAUGGCACCUUCAUAACACGAAGCUACAUGCCAGUCCAUUUCGAUACCGACGACAAUGAAUGGCAAGGGCCCGUAACAGACAAGACAUGUAUACCACCACACGAAACAGCACUAUUAAAUCCACGGUAUGCAAUGGCUAGAGAUGUGUUUAUAGACGCUGGUUGGCCAUUUGUCGAUGUGUAUCAGGAGGUAUUGCCGCUGUGGGAGUUGCAUCGUCCACCUUCUGAUUGUAGACAUUGGAUGCAUCCGGGAGUGUCUGAGUGGGUGUUUCAGGCGCUGCAUCAUAGCAUGGUUGAAGCUGGUAUCUUUGAUAAGGGUGUGAGUGAGAGUAGUUUAGAUGGUUGA